GGAGGUGAAGACAUCCGCUGACCAGCUUCCGCCUGCAACAACAACAGCAACUAAUCCAACAACAGCAACCACUACUCCAGCAUCCUCAUUGACUUCAGACGAAGCCGCAGAUCCAACUCAUGGCAGUGUCAGAAGAAACGACCUCAACGACGUUGUAACUCGUCUUGAUCAUCUUGAUGACGAGUCCCUCAUCAAACGAGCGUGCACCACACCACUCUCUCUAAAAAGAUUCAUUGAUGUGAAGGAUGUCGAAUGCAGAAUGGUCAAUGGAUUGCCAGAAAAUAGAUGGAAACGUUUAGUGUUGAUGGCUUCCAAAAAGGAUUUGAAUGAGAAAAAGGCCUUUAAUUCGUCUGAGAACUGUAAAGUGAAUGCAACUAUAAAACCUCUCAAGAAAAAGUAUGGGUGUUUAAAGCGCAAGGCAGUCAAAAAUAAAGAUGAAAUGUUUGAAUGUGAAAUUUGUCACAAAACCUACACAACGGCUUAUUAUCUCAGGAUUCAUGCAAAGUGGCACAAAUUAACAAAUCCAAAAUCAUGUUCCUACUGUACGAAGAGAUUUGACGAUGACUCUGAACUCCACGAACACCUGAUGCUGCAUGCUAAAGAUUACCCUCAUAAAUGUAGCACAUGCGAUAAGAUGUUUAAGAAAAAAGUCUACCUGAAGUGCCACAUGAGAUUGCACACAGGAGAAAAACCGUACAAGUGUAAAUUUUGUGACAAGGGGUUCAGGGUCUGCAGUUCCCUGGCUGACCACUUGAAGGUGCACACAGGCAAGAGACCCUACCAGUGUUCGUUCUGCAACAAAAAGUUUGCCCAGCGAGCAAACUGGAUCACUCAUGAGAAGAGGCACAUGGGUUGCAAGGAGUUCUUUUGCGAGAACUGCAAGAAAGGGUUCAUACAAAACUUUGAACUGCAGACACAUAGGUUGAGGUGUGUUACGAAAGAAUUCAAAUACGAAUGCCGAAUGUGUGACAUGAAAUUUACCAAGGAAAACCCUUUUAAGCUUCAUUGCAGUAGGCAUUGUUGCAUUAUUUGUGGUGAACUAUUUCACAAUAUGAGAGAAAAAGUGUUGCAUCAAGUCAGGUGCAGACGAAACGGCAAAACCAACACCACCAAAAAACCGUCCACCAAAUUGAAGGGCAGAGCUGCCGCGUUGUACAAGGAGUUUGAAAUGAUAUCGUCAGAUGACGAUGAUGAUGAAGAUGAAGAAGAUGAUGAUAGCAUGACGUGACUGAUUAAAAAGUUAAUGUUGUUAAACAAUGAAUGUAAUUAACAGGCUGGUUAAAAAUCUGACGAAAAUUGUUCAAGAAAAAGAAUGAUACCAUGGAUAUAUAUCCAUGAAUGAUACUGAUGUGAUCGACGGUGUUGUCGAUGAUAACUAUUUAAACUAACUAUAUAAAAAAAGAAAUUAUUCGUUAAAUUUCAAUAGUUUUUUAAUAAUUUUUUCAAUAAUUUUGUUGACUUGCUAGCUCCAUUUAUCAGCGCUCGCUAAUAAUUAUAACAAUUUUUUAAUCAUUUAACUUGUAAACACGAAAAAUCUUUUUUAUGGACGUUGUGAUAUAACGUUGUAUGGUAUAAGAAUUUUUUUUUAUGAUCGCCUGCCUUGUGUAUGUGGCGUUUUAGAACAUGUCCUACAGUCGUCUGUGAAUAAAUGAUCGAAAUUCUUGUUGAA